UAAAAGCACGAGUGUCUCGUUCAUCGAGUCAGUCUCUAGUCGGUGAUAUAAGGUCAAGGUAGAAGCAAGCCGAGUAACAAUUAAAACAUAACUUGCAAACUUGUGAAGUGGGUGCAGGAAUAAAUAAAUAAAAUGAUAUCCACUGCUCUUGUUUUCUUAGUUGCAAGUCAAUGCUUAGUCCCUGCCUUUGGAGCUGUAACAGGAAAACAAAAAACUGAUACACAUAUCCAGUUCCCGGAAGCUGCUGAGGCAUUGGACGCGCAGAAAAAUCAUAAAGAUGUUCCUAUCUCUUGUAAAGGACAGAAUUAUUGUACAGUGAAAACAGAUGACUAUCCAGAAGAUAAGUUCAAUGAAAUGUUUAAGGGUUAUAACGCUUUCCCUCAACCAAAACUAAUAUGGGAUCCUCUACAAAAUAAACAAGGUAGCGCGGAUGACGAGAACGACUGCGCAAGCGAAAUAUCUUAUGACCCGCUAUAUAAAGUCAAGGAGAGUGGAGAUAAACCUUGGCGUACGGUAGUACAAGCUCCGAAACAUGACUUUGUACAAAAAGUGCGCCUAGAGAAAUGCGUAAAUACGGAUGCCUCGUGUUUCACUAAGUUUUCAACUGACAUCUACACAACCCACUGCAAACAAACGUAUGGCGUGUGGGAAGUCCUUGUUUCAAAAGGCGACAACCAAACAGAGCUUAUCAAAGCUGAAUUGCCUAUUUGCUGCUCCUGUUACUACGCCAAAACACCAUUAAUUUUAUCAAGAAUAGAUAAAAACAAACGUCAGUAGUUCCUUAAAUCGUCAAACCGGAGUACUUACAACCUGAUUUCACUAUUAUUAGCUUGGGCUUUUAGUUAGUGAAUCUUUUAAAUUUUACAAUAGAUUUUAUUAUUUUUCUUUAGAAAAUAAUAAUUGUGAAUAAUCUAUUACAUAAACUAUGUAAAUAAAAUAUUUAUUUUGGUCUUUUAUAUUAAUGACAACUUGCUAUGCAACUUUGAUUAAAUGUUUUAAGAAGCA